GCUCUGGCAAAGAAGCAGCGUGAUUCGCUGCGGGGCUCCGGUUACUAGAAGCCCUAAACACGUCCCCUCCCCUCUCUUUCCCUUUCUGUCACUGUCAUCUCCGGAGCGGUCGGUACUCGAUUGGUUUCGUCUACCUGCAGAAACCAUGGAAGACCGUGAGGAUAAUGUCUCAAUUCCCGAAUUCAACAACCUUCUCCAGAUGGACCCUAACCUCAAAAAUUACGAGAACGACUUCAGGAGGAGGUAUGACAUGCUAAGGAAGCAAGUCCUUCUGCUGGAGGAGGCAGAGGGAGGCAUUGACCAGUUCACACGCAGCUAUCGCAGCUUUGGUGUGCAGCGAUUGCCCGACAACAGCCUGUUUUUCAAGGAAUGGGCUCCUGCUGCUGAGGCCCUUUUUCUUACUGGUGAAUUCAAUGGCUGGGACAAGUUCUCUUACCCUUACUCCAAGAAAGAGUUUGGCAAGUGGGAAUUGACUAUUCCACCUAAGUCUGACAACUCUCCAGCUGUGGAUCAUCUCACCAAGCUGAAGGUGGUAGUUCACACUAAGGAUGGUGAGCGCAUCUACAGGAUCUCGCCUUGGGCAAAAUAUGUGACCAGGGAGGAGAAAUCUGUCAUCUGUGACUGGGUUCACUGGGAUCCCCCUCAGCCUUAUGUUCACAUCCAUCCUCGCCCAAAGAAACCCAAGAGCCUGAGAAUUUACGAAGCCCAUGUUGGCAUCGGGUCCCCAGAGCCGAAGAUUGCCUCGUACCAAAACUUCACACACAAUGUGCUUCCUCGAAUAAAAGAUUUAGGUUACAAUUGCAUUCAGUUGAUGGCGAUCAUGGAACAUGCUUACUAUGCAAGUUUUGGAUAUCAGAUUACAAGUUUCUUUGCCGCUUCCAGUCGCUAUGGUACCCCAGAUGAGCUGAAAGAGAUGAUUGAUGUUGCUCAUUCAAUGGGCAUUGUGGUGCUGCUGGAUGUUGUCCACAGUCAUGCAUCCAAGAACACGGAGGAUGGCCUUAAUGCCUUUGACGGGUCCGACUCCUGCUUCUUCCACUCACCGCCGAGAGGGGAACACACUCUGUGGGACAGCCGCCUCUUUAACUACGCCAGCUGGGAAGUGCUGCGCUUCCUGCUAUCAAAUCUGCGCUGGUGGAUGGAGGAGUACUGCUUUGAUGGCUUCAGGUUCGACGGCAUUACCUCCAUGCUGUACCAUCACCAUGGCAUCGGCACUGGCUUCUCAGGGGGCUACAAUGAGUACUUUGGCCUACAAGUUGAUGAAGAAUCUUUGGUGUACCUGAUGCUUUCCAAUCACAUCCUCCAUAAUCUUUAUCCGGACUGCAUCACUAUUGCAGAGGAUGUGUCUGGGAUGCCUGCCCUCUGCAGAAGAGUGGAGGAGGGAGGACUGGGCUUCGAUUAUCGACUGUCGAUGGCGAUUCCUGACAAAUGGAUUCAGAUCCUGAAGGAGUUAAAGGAUGAAGAGUGGGACAUGGGCAAUAUUGUCUUCACGCUGACCAACAGGCGGUAUGGAGAGAAGUGCAUCGCAUAUGCAGAAAGCCACGACCAGGCCCUGGUUGGUGAUAAGACCUUGGCCUUCUGGCUAAUGGACAAAGAGAUGUACACCAAUAUGAGUACCCUGGUUCCCAUGUCGCACAUCAUCGACCGUGGAAUGCAGCUGCAUAAGAUGAUCCGCCUCCUCACACAUGGCUUAGGUGGAGAGGGAUACCUGAACUUUAUGGGAAAUGAGUUUGGCCAUCCUGAGUGGCUGGAUUUCCCCAGAGAAGGCAACAAUCAGAGCUACCACUACGCCCGGCGGCAGUUUAACCUGGUGGAUAUGGAUCAUCUCCGCUACUGUCAGCUCUACGCCUUUGACCGGGACAUGAACCGCACCGAAGACAAGUACGGCUGGCUGGCGGCUCAACCUGCCUACGUCAGUGCCAAGCAUGAAGGGGACAAGGUCAUUGUGUUUGAUAGGGCAAAUGUGCUCUUUAUCUUCAACUUCCACCCCAACAAGAGCUUCCAGGACUACAGAGUGGGUGUAGAAGCACCAGGAAAAUACAAAAUCAAGCUGGAUUCAGACGAGGUUCAGUAUGGAGGGCACGGACGGCUCGACCACAACACUGAUUUCUUCACUGAGCCCCAACCUUUCAACGGACGCUCCAACUCGAUGCUGGUCUACAUCCCCUGCAGAACAGCUAUUGUCCUGGCCAACGAGGAGAUAGAUUACUGUUAUUAGAGGAUGAUUGUCUCCACAGAGACCGGGAUUGAGAACAGAUUCCAAGCUCAAACUGAGUGUUAACAAUCACCUUCAUCUUAAAGUGUCAACCUUGCACACCGGCCAAAACCUACUUUUUUGUCUCUGAGCCUUUUUCUGAAUGAAGGGAUGAAAGUAAGGCUUCUUAAAAUUGUGCGCUUUCAAAAUACCAUCUGUAACCUUAGACGGUGUGCAACCCCAUUUACUUCAGUUCGGUCCAUUUGGGAAGCGUCCAACCUAUCCGAGCAGCUAGAUGCUAAAAAACCCUGCCGAGUCCAUCCGACACUAGCCAGCAGCUAUUUCUCGGCUUGGUUGCAUUUGGCUUGACAUCUGAAAAACACGACCAGCAACUGUGACAGAGCCAGCACUCAUUUAUUCAAACAUAAAAAAAGAUCAAAGAAAAUAAAGAGUAUUUCAGACUGUUAGAUGUGCUGAAACAGAAGUGAUUUGUUUGGAUUCAUUUUGUAUUAGAAUAAAAUACAGAAAGAGACACCAAAAUGUGCGUGUAUGUAACCACCUGUGACCCAUCUGUGCUCAACAUAUCUGUCUACAAAUAAAAAGUCCCUUGCACUAAAUAAUAAAUUGAUAAAUCAC